CCUGCUCGCGGAGAUGGGCGUCAAGGACACCGCGUCUCUGUGCAACACCUUGCAAGCACCAAGCAACGUGCAAGGAGCCCGGUGCCAGACGGCGGUUGCAUCGAGGGGCACCAGACGCCUGCUGAUAUACCGUUCGCAGCAGCCGAUUACACCUGGUGUCAAAACUGGCGUGAGCCCGAAUCGCCAGGUCGUCGAGUAUGGCGACGUGUCUUCUCCCGAGUACAGCCUUUGCGUCCUGUGUUCCAGACCGCUCAUCCACCCGCGUGACACGCUGCCGUGUGUGUUGGCGAUGCUGAACUCCAUCACGGCUGAGGUCAACAUUGACACGGACCGAAUGUCAACAACCAAGCAGCUGCCUUUGGAGGCUACACGCGAGGCUGUUUCCACACUGCCAUCACCGACAGAGGGCCAGGAGGCGGCUGCAGGCAGCGGCCCCAUUUGCUCCGAAGCCAUUGCGUGCAGCGAACGACAGACUGGCGUCUACCGGGACAUUGUUCAAAGAGCCAUACAGGGUUCGACCCGCCCAGAGCAGCCCGAAAUACCGCGGUGCACGCACGGAAUGGCGCACAAUGACGUCAGGAUGCGCCCGUCAUCUCGUGCAGUACCGCACAUGGGCCGGCUGUCUUCACGGGAUGCACCCUGUCUCGGCUGUUGUGGCAGGACAGCCCCAGCCUUUGCAGGGGACAUACUGUGA